AAUUGCAAUUACAUUUGUAGUCAGCUGAUUUAAAUGAAGUUAAUUUGUAGCCGGUUUACAAAUGGUGUAGAUUCUUGAAUGUUGAAAUCUUUCUUCGUAUUUUGACUGUAAUAAUAAAUUUUAUUUUGCCCUGGACUUCAGAUAGUCAUGUUGCUUCAGUUGGUUCAUACCAAGAAGAAUACUACAAACAAGGAAGAAUAACCUGGCCUUUUGUGAAAGUUUGUUUUUUGCUAUAAAACCACAACAUCAAAAGAAUAUAUAUUAUAUAUAGCUAUAAUUGUUUUGUGUUUAUGAUAAAAUGUCUUUCUAUUGGUGUGAUAAUAUUCAUACUACGGUUUUUACCCCGCGUGAUUAUCAAAUCGAACUGCUUUCUGCUGCAUUUGAACGUAAUGUAAUUAUAUGCCUUGGUCAUAAGUCUUCCAAAGAAUUCAUAGCCUUAAAGUUGCUGCAGGAAUUAUCACGACCAGCAAGAUUAACCGCUAAGGCUAAUUUAUAUUUAACAACUGAACGAAAUGCUUUAUCAAUAACUGCUAUGAUUGAGCAUUUGACAAAUCUGAAAGUGUACAAAGUGGAAAACUUCGAGGUGAGUGACAAGAGUCAACCGCACAUACCAAAAGACUUUCAACUUUAUGUUCUUCAUCCGCGUACUUGUUUGGAAGCAUUGAGAAGUGGAGUGCUCAGUUUGGAGAAUGUUCAUGUAUUAAUAUUGGAAGACUGUCAUGAAGCUGAUGUUUAUAAGGAUUUGCGCACAAUUUUUCAGAAACAUUUUUAUAAUUUGAGUACAGAGAUUCCGAAAGUGUUGGGCUUGGCAGGUCCUCUACAUAGUGCAGAGUGCUCCUUGCAAGAGUUAAAUGCAAUGUUAAAUACAUUAGAAGACAGUUUGCAUUCUAAAGCAGAGACAGCAAGCGACAUUGUGACUGUACUAAGAUAUUGUGCGAGGCCAAGUGAAUUUGUUGUUCAAUGUAUGCCUUAUGAUCGCGAUGAAUUGAUAUCUGUAUUAGAGGAGAUCCUUUUUACAAGGAAAGCCUUUUUACUAGAUCAUCGAUACGACCCUUUUGAAAUAUAUAACACAGAUGAAUAUUUAGAAGAAUUAAAAGAUAUCCCUGAUCCCAAAGAGGAGCCUAUGAAAUUUUUAGAAGUUAUGCUCUUUGUGCUUCAUGAAAUGGGGCCAUGGUGUGCUGAUCGCGUUGCAGUUAACAUGUUUCAUCGCAUAGAAAAACAGAAAAUAAAGACGCCACAUGAACGUCACUACAUUUUGUUGUGUGUGGUCAACACUGCGCUUUUAGAAUUUCAUGCUAUUUGUGAGCAAACAUUCAAAAAAAUCGGUAACCACAAAGAGCUAGUUGAACGAUAUUCAAGCCCUAAGGUAUUUCGUUUGUUAGAAAUUUUACGUUUAUUUAAACCGGAAGAAUUAUUAACUAAGAAUGAAGCCAUACAUAAACUAAGUCAGGAUUUAGAUCAGAUGGAUUUUCAAAAACUUAGUCGAAAUAUUGAAUAUAGUUGCCAAAACGUUGAGAAUGUAACUAUGAAAUUACAACUAGAAUCUCGAUCAAUUAUUGACAACUUGGAUCCGAUUGUAAAAAAUAUUUCUGGCAAUUCAACGCAACAAAAUAUACAAAUGGGUACAUACAAAAUAGAAAACUCUACUACAUCGAAUCGUAGACAUGGUGCGGGUGGAGCCCAUAGCCGUUUCAAACGUAGACCUUUUAAUCGUCGACACAUUCGGGACACCGGUGAUGAGCUAGAUACACUAUGUGCAAUUAUUUUUUGCAAUUCAAACUAUACAGCGCGUGCACUUUUUGAUUUGCUUAGCGAAAUGAGUCGCCAUGAUCCUGAAUUGAAAUUUCUUAAAUGCCAAUAUACAACUGAUCGAGUCGCAGAUCCUAUCAGCGAACCAAAAGAAGCCGAGGUGGAGCAUAGGCGUCAGGAAGAGGUACUGAAACGUUUUCGCAUGCAUGACUGUAAUGUCUUAGUUGGAACUUCUGUGCUAGAAGAAGGUAUUGAUCUUCCUAAAUGUAAUUUAGUAGUUCGCUGGGAUGCUCCGACCACUUAUCGUAGUUAUGUGCAGUGUAAAGGACGAGCAAGAGCAGCACCGGCCUAUCAUGUGAUAUUAGUUUCACCUGCUUAUACUGCCGUUCAUAGUAAAAAUGAACAACUAAGCAACGAAAGCCACAUAUAUCUAUGUAAACUGGAAGAUGGGCAAGACGAAUAUAUUGAUUCAGAUACAUGUAGCGAUGAAGAGAAGUCUGAUAAUAAUAAAGUAAAUAAAUUCACAAUUGGUUCUACAAAGGGAAUUGUAAAAAUACUAAAUCCCGAAGUUAUUACAAAUAAACCACCAACAAAAAGCGUUUUGACAUUGAAAGAGAUCACGGAUGAUUUACGGGAUUUUAAAAGCGUACAUAAUGAAACGAAUAAUGCUAACAUAGUAGAAAUUGAGCACAACUUGUCUUCAAUCAUGGAGUUAAAAUGUGAAACAUCUCUAAUGAAAGAAACUAAAAAUAAAUCAGCAAUCAAAGAAUCUUUAAACGAUUGUUAUGAAGUUCUUAACCUUAGUGAUGCUAUAUCAGAUAUAAGUACUUUAUUGAAUGGUUCUUUUUCAAGCUCUUUAGUAGAAGACGCAUCAAUCGCAGCAUCUUCAGAAUCGGCUUCACCGAAACUCCAAAAAGAGAAACGUAGAUUUCAAUGCUUCUUUGAAAGUGAUAAAGCAGUAGCCAAUACUUCCACAUAUUUCGAUGUAUCUUUGAGUCAAUUAGAAUUCACAACCAAUAAAAUAGUAGAACAACUAGCGGAAUAUCGUCAAAUAGAGAAGGUACUCCUAUCGAAAUGUGCUAAUACUGAGCCCCCAGAAACGGAACAUCAUAUUGCAGACUAUUUUAACAAAUGUAUUAAGCGAUACAAGCCUCUGGAACAUUUAUUGACUGGUGCAUCUGUAGAUCUUAAUACCUCCAUAGCUUUAGUCAACAAGUAUUGUUCGAAAUUGCCAAGUGAUACUUUUACAAAACUUACAGCACUUUGGCGUUGUACUAAAACGAUUCGAUCUGGAGUCGAAGUAUAUCAAUACACAAUACGUCUUCCAAUCAAUUCCCCAUUAAAAUACGAUAUAGUGGGACUUCCAAUGUCUUCGAAUAUAUUGGCCCGUAGAAUGGCCGCAUUACAGACAUGUAUAGAGCUUCAUAAAAUUGGGGAAUUGGAUCAAAACUUGCAGCCAAUAGGAAAGGAAAGCUUUCGCGCUAUGGAAUCUGACUGGGAAAACUUUGACCUAGAAGAGGAGGACGAAAAAAUAGUACAUGAUAACUCUGAACCACGACCGGGAACAACGAAACGGAGACAGUAUUACUACAAACGUAUUGCCUCCGAGUUCAGUGAAUGCCGUCCAACUGUAGGUGUACUAUGCUUUUUGUAUUUGAUUGAUUUGACACUGCAAUGUCCAAUUCCGGAGGAACAAAAUACACGUGGUCGGAAAAUAUAUCCACCUGAAGAUGCGCAACAAGGCUUUGGCAUUCUAACCUUAAAACGAAUACCAAAAGUCAGUUCAUUUCCUAUAUUUACGCGUUCCGGUGAAGUAAAAGUAUCUAUUGUUCUUUCAAAAGAGAUGGUUGUACUCACAGAAGUGCAGAUACGUUGCAUUAAUACAUUCCUCAACUACACAUUUACAAAUGUAUUGCGCCUUCAGAAGUUCCUUAUGCUCUUUGAUCCAGAUUCUACCGAAAAUUGUGUAUUUAUUGUACCUACGAUAAAAAGUAGUAGUAGAAAGGUAAUCGACUGGGAUUUCCUUGAGUUAAUUGAAAAAAAAUCCAGUAUGAUGCCUUCUGCGGUCACGGAUGAUUUACGUAAAUCUAUUGAAUUCGAUGCAAAUACGUUCAAAGAUGCCGUUGUUAUGCCCUGGUAUCGCAAUCAGGAUCAGCCGCAGUACUUUUACGUGGCAGAAAUUUGUCCACAACUCUCACCUCUAAGUUGUUUUCCUGGGGAAAACUACCGCACGUUUAAGCAUUACUAUUUUCUAAAAUACGGUUUAACAAUUCAAAAUGUUAAACAGCCAUUAUUAGAUGUAGACCAUACCAGCGCACGUUUGAACUUUUUAACACCUCGUUAUGUCAAUCGAAAAGGCGUUGCCCUGCCCACCAGUUCUGAAGAAACUAAACGUGCCAAGCGUGAGAACUUGGAACAAAAACAAAUUCUUGUGCCGGAACUGUGCACUGUGCAUCCGUUUCCUGCUUCACUGUGGCGAACUGCUGUCUGCUUACCCUGCAUUCUAUAUCGUAUAAAUGGGUUAUUAUUGGCUGAUGAUAUACGAAAAAAGGUUUCACUAGACAUCGGAUUGGGACUGCAGGAAAUCCCCGAUAAUUUUGAAUGGCCUAUGCUAGACUUUGGCUGGAGUUUGUCGGAGGUUUUAAAGAGAUCAAAAGAAAAUCAGAAUGUUCCAUUAUUGGAUAAGAAAAAAGAAGAAAGUAGCAAUAAAGAAACAAACAAAAGUAAUGUCUUCGUGAAAGGCAAUGGAGUUGGUGACGAAUUGGAUAACAGUUAUAAAAGCAACCACUCAAAAACGAAAAGUGCAAAUGAAAUUAUUAUAGAAGGUGAAAAAAAAUUGAAGGAUAAUACUUUUAUAGAAAUAGGCACUUGGUCCAAUGAGAUGGCUGACAAUAUCAAUUGCAGUAAAGAGUCUGAGUCAAUAGAUGAAGAUGAGGAAGAAUGUUUUAAAUAUUUCCCAUCGAAUGUUAGUUUUUGUGACCAACAAAUGCGCUACGGCUCUCCCACUUUCUGGGAUGUGAAAGAAUCAAACCUAAUCAAAAAAGCAAAUGGUGUGCUAAAUCCGAAUAGUGAUACAAAUAAUAUUCGAAAGAAUUCGUUUACAUUCUAUGACUCGGAUGACUCGUUUGCUUCCAGUUACGAUGACAAUGAACCUAAUAAUUAUAGUGACGAUGACAAUGAUGGUUAUGGUGCUUCACGUAUUGCAUUCACUUCAAGAAAUGAAGCUGAAACAAUUGAAACAGCACAAGAGAUCGAAAAGCGCAAUAAACAAAUAUCUAUAAUUCAAGCAACUAAUGCGAAUGAGCGUGAUUAUCAGAAGACCAAAAACUUGCUUGUGGGAUACAAUUUUGUGGAUUUGAAACCUAGUAUGGAAGCAGAAUUGAGUCACUCGAUCGCCCAAUACACCACAUCUACACUACAACUAAAAAAUAGCAUUAAACAGUCGAGUAUGCUUGUAAAAUAUGAUCAACCAGUGGCGUUGAAGCUAAAGAAUUCGAUAAACUCCACCUCAAAUAAUACCAAUGAACCGCCUUCUAUAGAUGUGUUUUGUAAACUAUUGCCUUAUGCUGAUAAAAACUUGUUAAUGUCUAUCUUAAAAGAGCAUGCUAACGUGCUAAGCGUAUCGGAUAUAGCUCGGUUAAAUGCUGAAUAUUUAAAAUCUCACACUGUUGAGCUAUUCGAAAUUCAAGGUUGUGGUGAUAUUUUUGACAAUUUCAAUGAUAAGGACAAGCUGAAGUUAGAACAAUCUGGUGAUAGAUGUAAAAAAGUGAUAAAAUUAAAUUUUGAGAGGAAAGAAUGUUCUUCCAGUAUAAUUAAUACGUCCCCCCCCGUAAUUGAAAAUAACACGAGAAAUCAUUCUACUGGGUUUAGUUUUGACUAUCAACCAGAUUUGGUUGGACAUCCAGGUCCAAGCCCAAGUAUUAUUUUGCAAGCUUUAACUAUGUCGAAUGCCAAUGACGGCAUUAAUUUGGAACGUCUCGAAACUAUUGGCGACUCAUUUCUUAAAUACGCCAUUACCACUUAUUUGUAUAUAACAUACGAAAAUGUUCAUGAAGGCAAACUAAGUCAUUUGCGUUCAAAGCAAGUAGCCAACUUGAAUUUGUAUAGAUUGGGCAGACGAAAAAAACUGGGCGAAUAUAUGAUAGCGACAAAAUUUGAACCUCAUGACAAUUGGUUACCACCGUGUUAUUAUGUGCCCAAAGAGCUGGAGAAGGCGCUUAUCGAGGCCAAGAUUCCCCCGCAUCACUGGAAGCUGGUCGAUUUAGCGAAUAUAAAAAAAUUAACCAGCGCUGAGAUAUGCGAAUUAGUGCGAGAAAAGGCUGACAAAUUAGGACUUAUUGCUGAUGCAAGCAAUUCCAACGAGAAUAACGUCACUCUUGAUGAGAGUGGUGAUGGAAGUGACUUUACUUGUUUCAUUCCGUAUAACCUUGUGACACAACAUAGUAUACCAGAUAAAUCUGUUGCCGAUUGUGUCGAGGCGUUAAUUGGAGCCUAUUUAAUUGAAUGCGGGCCACGGGGAGCUCUUCUGCUUAUGGCAUGGUUGGGAAUACGAGUGCUUCCGUUUGUACAUAUACCAUUUAAUCAACAGGAGUCUCGAGCUCCCGGUAGUACAAAUCCGGAUGAGAAUGGCAACAUAAUAGUAUAUGGAAAGUGGGUAGCUCCGAAAAGUCCACUCCUUCUGUAUGCCCCUAAUGCCACUCAAGAAUUAGAAUAUAUGCUUGAAGGCUUUGAUGAAUUUGAGGCCACAUUAGGUUAUAGGUUUCGCGAUCGUUCUUACCUAUUGCAAGCCAUGACUCAUGCUAGUUAUUCGCCAAAUCGUUUGACAGAUUGUUACCAACGGUUAGAAUUCCUUGGAGAUGCAGUUCUAGAUUAUUUAAUUACACGUCACCUAUAUGAGGAUCCCAGGCAACACUCACCUGGUGCAUUGACGGACUUACGAUCAGCUUUAGUAAAUAAUACUAUAUUUGCGUCUUUGGCCGUUCGACAUGGUUUUCACAAAUAUUUUCGCCAUUUGUCUCCAGGUCUAAACGAAGUUAUCGAUCGUUUUGUGCGUAUUCAAAACGAAAAUGGACACAGUAUAAGUGAAGAAUAUUACCUACUUUCGGAAGAAGAGUGUGAUGAUGCUGAAGAUGUUGAAGUUCCAAAAGCAUUAGGUGAUGUAUUUGAGUCAAUUGCGGGCGCUAUUUUUUUAGAUUCCAAUAUGUCGUUAGAUGUUGUAUGGGAGGUGUAUAGCAAUAUGAUGAGACCGGAGAUUGAACAAUUUAGUAAUUCGGUGCCGAAAUCGCCCAUUCGAGAGUUACUAGAAUUGGAACCAGAAACAGCUAAAUUUGGAAAACCGGAGAAACUGGCUGAUGGGCGUCGUGUGCGUGUUACUGUUGAUGUAUUCUGCAAGGGUACUUUCCGCGGUAUUGGCCGCAACUAUCGUAUAGCGAAGUGCACUGCUGCGAAAUGUGCAUUGCGUCAAUUAAAGAAGCAGGGUUUAAUAACGAAAAAGGAUUAAAUUUUAUAUAUAUCACCAAAAAAGGUAUUACGUGUUUACGUACCCCUACUAUAUAUUUUAAUUAGUCUGAUUUCAUGUAUGCUUCAAUAUAAACGAGCAAAUAAAGUUUUUUUUACCAAUGUGCUUUUUUACACCA